UGUGCGUUACGUUCUAAGAGUCACGCACGUUCGCUCGUAUAUAUAUUUAAAUACGUGUUGCGUCGCACGAAUUAGGGAGGGCGCCGCGGCGAGACGAGAGGGUUCAGGAGGAGUGUGGGUUUGGUGGUGGUGGUGGUGGCGGUGGUGGUGAUCUGCUGAGAGUGUGAGUGGGGUAGACGGUGCCACAAGCGGCACAGAGGAAUUGGGAGAGCGGUGGAGAGAAGAAGAAUCAGCAGGAGGAGAGGAGGGAGGAGAGGCGAUCAGUCGCCUACUGCCCCCCCCCUCCACCCCAAGGCCCCCCCGAAAUGGUACCGCUGACCGCCAUCCACAUGAUACGGGUGCGAACGGCACAUCGGAUCUGAGACCCUCGCCUCUUCUGCGCCUCCCAACCCUGGAACCCCGUGCGUCAUGUGACCUCGCGUGGCUCCGCAGCGAUUGGCCGCCACCGUCUCCCCGGGAGCAGCGAGUAGGCGUGGAGUUAGGCACAGAUCGGAAAACUGGAGCCCUCUGCACAGACGGGGAGAGCAGCGUCGUGCAGUCGAUUCGGGCGGACCCUUGCAGGAUGGACAUCAAGGGUCCUUCGCACAGGUCAAGACAAUAAAAAGCUCGGAAGAACGGACGUGCAGACAGCGUCGUCCUUCCCGCCGCUGCCACCUCCUCCUCCUCCUCCUCUUUGUCAUCUUCGUCGCUUGGCCAGCCAGCGUGCUCCCGUUAAAUGAACGAAAUUAAAAUUAGCUCUCCUAAAAAUAUUUAAUACAUUUCGCGAACAUUUUUUUUUACGUCCUUGCGCAAUUUUUAUUUUUGUCCGUCGCGCCUGUUCCGUUUCAUUUUUUUUUAUUUGUUCACGUCUCAUCGGACGGCAGUUAAUGCCAAGCGGAAGUUCGAGUCGGCGACGCUUCGAUUUCGUUUUUUUGCACUUGGGAAAAUAAGUUGACACGGACGUCGGAGCGUUAACCAUCUGACGUCUCGUUCGUUCGUUCGCUAUCGCCCUGCGCUACGGUUAAUAUACCCAAUUCAUUAAUAAUCACGGGCUGGUGCUUUAUUCGUUCAUCAAUCAUCAUCAUCAUCAUCAGAAACACAACGGCCACAGUAAUUAAUUCAUAAUCAUUACUGCACUCGCCACCAGAUCACUACAACCACCGCAGCUCAUUUAUCCAAUCUCAAUCAUUCCCUCUGCCGCCGCCGCCGCCGCCAGCAGCAACCCCCGGACAGCACCGGCUCACCGCCGUCGAGCCGACCCGCCCUGCCCGACACCACCGCAGCCGUCGGCCGACGCUGGCCGCGGCGGUUGCGGUUGCGGCUGCGGCGGCGGCGGCGGCCGGCGCCCGCACGCCGGGCCGCUACGCCAUGCCGGACCGCGUGCACCACAUCAGCCUGCACAACUUCAGCAGCGCCGUGCUCGGCGAGCUGAGCGAGCAGCGCCGCCGGGGCCACUUCUGCGACGUGUCGGUGAGCGUGCAGGGCAGCCGCGCCAGCCUGCGCGCCCACCGCUGCGUGCUCGCCGCCAGCAGCCCCUUCUUCAAGGACAAGCUGCUGCUGGGCUACAGCCAGGUGGAGAUCCCGGCGGUGGUGACCCCGCGCUCCGUGCAGCGCCUCGUCGACUUCAUGUACAGCGGCGUGCUGCGCUUCCCGCACGGCGAGGCGCUGCAGAUCCUCACGGCCGCCAGCAUCCUGCAGAUCAAGUCCGUCAUCGACGAGUGCACGCGCAUCAUCGCCAGCAGCGUGGCCGCGCGCGUCACCUCGUCCGACCGCCGCGGCGGCGGCGACGACGCCGCGGCCACCGUCGCCGCGGCCGCCGCUGCAGCGGCCGCGGCGGCCUCCUUCGCCGGCGGCGACCGGCGCUCGACGGAGCCGGCCGGAGGCGACGUGGAGGGCGGUCGAGGGGCGCCGCGCAACGGCAACGACGACGAGGAGGAGGAGGACGACGACGACGACGAAGACGACGAGGCGGCGGCGGCGUCGACGGUGCUGGUUCUCGAGUCGGCGCAGGACGGCCCGGGCUUCGUGACGGCGACCAAGGGUCACCAGCGACACCACAUCCAGCAGCAGCAGCAGCAGAAGAUCAGCCUCGGCGCCAUGUCCGACGGGCGCCAGCCGUGCCUCGGGGCCGCGGACGUGCCGGACGGUGAGCCGGCGCCAGCGCUGGCGCACGGCGGGCACCCGCGCAACCGGCCGAGCGGAGGCGGCGGGGGCCCCUACGCGGCGUUGGCGGCGACGGCGGCGGCGCUGCGGAACGCCGGCGUGGUGCCGCGCAACAGCUGCGAGAUCGGCAUGGAGGUGCCAGGCGGUGGAGGAGGAGGGCGGCGGCCGCGGCGAGCGCGGGGAGCCGGACUCGGCGCAGGGGACGCCGGACUCGCCGGGCUCCCCCGCGCAGAGCGCCAGCGACGGGGAGACGACCGCCGUCUCCGCCGUCUCCGCAGCCGCCGGCACCGGAGCCACCGGCGCCGCCUACUACACCACCGCCCGCUACGGGCAGCCGAGCGACGCCGCCACGGCCAACCAGCGGCGCUACUACAUCAUACAGUCAGGACGCGCGUGGCCGGAGACCGGCGCCGCCGGCGUGGGCGACGACGGCGCCUGCUCCAUGGAGGGGCUCUGCGGCGCCGGCGACGAGGAAGAGGAGGAGGCGGGGAGACGGCCCUUCGACGGCGCCCGGAGGCGGCGCUCGCCGUCGUCGUCGCCGCGGCGCAAGCAGGUGCCGGCGGCGCCGGCGGCUACUACUACGACGGCGCCGGGAGGGGUGGCGGGCGCAGCUACGGUUUUGGGUACGCGCGGCGCUACCUUCCCCCGGGAUACGAGGCGCCGGAGAACGGGCACCGCUGCGACGACGCGCCGGCCACGAUGAUGAUGAUGAUGGACGACGAGGAGAUGGCGCGGCUGCCCCGCGACGACGAGAUGGGCGCCACCGGGGCCGAGCGCGACGAGGAGAUGGAGGGGGAGGACGGCGCGCAGGCGGGCGACCAGCGGGCAUUCGACGGCUCCGCCAGGGAGGAGUGCGACGACGAGGACGACGAGGACGAGGACGACGACGACGACGCCAUCGACGACGACGGGAGAGGGGGUGGGAACGGCUACGAGGAGGACGACGACGACGCGCCGGCAGAAGACGGCGCCGUCAGGGGCGAGGAGACGUUCGAGGGCUGGCCGCUCGCGCCGCGCGGCACCUCCGACGGAGGGGCUUGCGCCAACGUCGCCGGGCGCAGGGCACCGGGCGCCAUUUCUCUCGAGCGCCGGCUGUGCUUGCUGGCGGCCGAGAACCGCCUGGCGCCGUCGAGGACCGAGCCGUCCGGCGCCGACGGCGGGGAGGCGUUCGCGCCCCCCGCCGCCGCCGGCGGCCGCGGCGCGUCGGCGCCAGUGACGCCGACGACGGCGGCGGCGCCCCCUGCGCUGGAGUUUGCGCCGGCGAUGCAGGGCCGCGCGCAGUGCGUGCCGUCGCAGCUCUACGUGGUGAAGCGGGAGGGCGGCGGCGCCGGCCUCGGGGUGCCGCUGGCGCUGGGCGGCGGCGGCGGCGGCGUUGCCGCAGCAACGCCAGCCUGCCCGCCCGGUACCACGCCGGUGGGGUACUUUCCCGCCCUCUUCGCGUCGCACUCUUCGGCGGCGGGCUCCGGCGCCAAACUUUACCAGUUCUCCGUUGCUCAGCCGGCACUGUCCGGGCACCACCACCAUCAGGUGCAGCAGCAGCAGCAGCAGCAACAGCAGCAGUUGGAUUCGCAUCAAACCUUGCAGCAGCAGCAGCAGCAGCAGCAGCUGGGACGUACGGACCAGCCGUUCACGUCCUUCCUAAGUCUGGGGGCUCCGGGGGCGCUGGCCACGUACAGCAGCCACCACAUAGCAGGCGGCGCCGCAGGCACAAGCUCCCACAACCAGGGGCUCGGCCAGAUUCUCCAACAGCACCAGCAGGGUGGCUUGCAGCAGCAACAGCAGCAGCAGCAGCAACAGCAGCAGCAGCAACAGCACGGGCCACACCAGCUGCAGAGGUUGCUGCUUCCGUUCUCGGUGCAGCAAGUGGGAGCCGCUGCGGGCGGCGGCGGCGGCGGCGGCGGCGGCGCGGGCGGCAUUGUGGGUAACGCGGCGCGGUCGAACCUGCAGGGCUUGCCGCUGGUGGUGCGCCUCGGGGAGAAGAAGCCGUACGAGUGCACGCUGUGCAACAAGACGUUCACCGCCAAGCAGAACUACGUCAAGCACAUGUUCGUGCACACAGGCGAGAAGCCCCACCAGUGCGGCAUCUGCUGGCGCUCCUUCUCGCUCAAGGACUACCUGAUCAAGCACAUGGUGACGCACACGGGCGUGCGCGCGUACCAGUGUGUCGUCUGCAACAAGCGCUUCACGCAGAAGAGCUCCCUCAACGUGCACAUGCGGCUGCACCGCGGCGAGCGCGCCUUCGAGUGCGCCGUCUGCCGCAAGAAGUUCUCGCACAAGACGCUGCUCGAGCGCCACUCCGCGCUCCACUCGGCGACGGCCGCGGCGGCCGCGGCGGCCGCGCCGGUCCUACCGCCGCCGCCUCCUCUGCCCACCGGCGCAGUCGGCGUCGUUGCCGCCGCUUCUUCGGCGCCGCCGUCGCCCGCGCCUUCGUCGCUGAUGUCGUCGGCGGCGCUGGCGGCAGCGUUGGGGCUCCCGCCGGUGAUGGGCGCCGGUCUGGCGGGGGCUCACCGCGACGCAACGGCGACGGCGGCGAACGUGGCGGUGGUGGCCGUGGCGUCUGGCGGAGCAGCUUUGGCGGCGCCGGCUUCGUCCGUCGUGGAAAUAUCGCCGAACGGCAACAGCGGAAUUGUGGGUAACAGCGGCGGUGGAAUUGUGGGUAACGGCAACAACGGUAAUAUCGUCAUUAAUUUGCUCAGCAGCAGCAACAGCAACAACAACAACGUUGGAAGCGGUCAUUACGUGGCCUCCGGCAACGGCGUAGGCAGUAUUCUCACAGUGCCGGGAGUGGCAAUUUUGCCGCCGCCACCGCCAACAUCGUUGUCGUCGUCGUCUUCGUCGUCGUCCUCUUCGUCGCUCAGCGAGGAGCCGCGUGACGUGCAGGCGCCCGCCACGUCAUUGUCGUCCGCGCCGCCGACGUUGCCCCCGCUUUCCGCGCCGUCCGGCGGGGCGUGCCCGCCUCCCGUCCCGAGCAGCGACGAGCGGUGCGACAUCGGAGCACCGCCGCCGCUGCCGCCACCGCCGCAUAUUCCACCGCCGCAAACGCCGCAACUGCCGGCUUCACCGUGCCUCCCACCGCCCGGCACAGACUGCCGCCCUCCUCCCCCUACUGCGGCGGCGGUACCGCCACCGCCGCCCCCCGUGGCACCGCCGACGCUCCUGGUAUGCUCCGUGUGCCCCGCCAAGUUUCAUUCGCUCGAGAUGUUCAACGAGCACGUGCGCAUGCACGUCACGAGCGGCUAGGCCGGUGGAUCUGCACUUCCUCCUCCUCCUCCUCAGACAGGGAGAGGGUAGGGGAGGAGCGAGCGAGCGAGCGAGGGAUGGAGAGGAUGAGCGAGACGUCGUGAAGACCCAUCGCAACAGAUCUGCAGACGCCCUCCAGAGCGGCGCUGGGCGGGAGCGAGAGCGACUGGAGUCAUUCUGUCGUCACUGUGGAGUUUUUUUAUUUUCGUGGGGGAUGAGGUUUUCCCUAUUUAUUUCAACAACAAAAAUUUGGUUCGCAUUUUUAUUUCUUUCUUUUUGACGAGAUUGAAAGAAAUAAUCCUGCAGGGUUUUUUUUAUUUUGUUCUUAUAAUCGGUCAAAAAUGUGGAUGGGGGGAGGGGCCGUUGCCUUUCUCUCAUUUCAUUCACGGAGAGCGAGCGAACGAGCGAGGUGGAGUGUGAGCGAGCGGACGAGCGGGGUGGAGAGCAAACGAACGAACGAGCGAGCGAGCGAGUGCCCUGUGGGUUAUCUCGCUUUGCUGCGACGCGACAAGGAACUCGAAGCCUCCGCCCCGGUGACACCUCACACGGCCAGCCGUCGCUCGGAAGCGCCGGCGACCGUUCCCGAUCCGGCCGGGAGCGGUAGCGGCGAGAAUUCCACGCCGGGUCCCACCCCCCCCCCCCACACUCUCUCUCUCUUUGACGAUUCUUAUCAAGGCACGCGCCAGCGGUUAACAUAAUUCAAACAGUUAAUCCUAAUUUAACAAACGCUAUCGAUUCCGACACCGGCAUUGGGCUCAUUUGUUCCCAUCACGUCGUGGAAACUAUCUCUCGAAUCGCAUCACGACUUUUUUCUUUUGGCUCGGGAGCGCCUCGAGGGGAAGAUGACGCUGCCUCGUUUUAUUCCGGCGUAGUCGGCUACAACAGAAUGCCUGUUUUGGGAAUUAACAAAAAAAGAUAAACUUAAACAAAUAGGAUAUCGCAACAACAAAAAAACUAGUUUUUAUUUCACCAGGUAAGGCCCACUGAGCUGUAAGAGCUCUUUUACAGAAGCAACCUGGUUAUGACAAAUGAUUGCUCAACAAAGUGGCUUAUCACUUGGAAAUUUACACCAGCCAAACGCUCUAAAAUUGGUGAUUUUGAUUCUAAAUGUGGAGGGGGAAAGCCGGAGGACCCGGAGAAAAAUCCACGCGACCACGGGGAGAGAGAGUGACAAUGCAAACUCCCAAAAUAUACAGCAGCAGCAGGCGUCAAGGGUCGGGAUCGAACCCACGACCUCCUGCACACGAGGCCGAGGGAGUUGACGUCUCCUCGCCACCGCGGGGCGUAUGGCAGAGCGAGCGUGCCCGGGAUGGUCGUCCGUGGGCACGCUGCCAGUUGCUUGCGAUGGCGGCAGGAGCGGCAGGAGAUCCUCACGCGAUCAAAGAAAGACGAAGAGACGAGGUUUUUCGAGCCCGCCGGCCGUAGCAAUGUUAACGGAAUACGUGGACAAACGUGGCGUUAUUUUCGUCCGUUCGUUUUUUUUUCAGUGUUAACACGUCAUUUCCCCCCCCCCCCCCCCCCCGCUUUUACUUGAGGUGUCGCACAGCGGUGCCUGCCUGUAAAGCGGAAACAAACGAAACGUUUGACGAAAGCAGAGAAAAAAGAAAUAACACUUAAGAUUUAACAAAAAAAAACGCUACGGUUACCAGCUUAACGUCUGCUAAGUGUGGGUGUUCAGUGACCGUGCAGAGUAUAUAUUUUCAGAGCGUUAGUUUAGAGGUGCUCAUUGGAUUUUAGCUGGCUAGUCUUGUGCCUGAAUAGCAUUUUCUAUAAGGCGGCGGUGGCGGUGGUGGUGGUGGUAUGAGCCACACGAGGUAAAGUCCUAUGGUCCGGUGGCUUUUGCAAGUGUUUGCCGUCAGUGGCUCUUGACCGGGUGACUUUCGUGAAGCUAACCCCCCCCCACCCCUCCUUUAAAGCAAAGCAAAACUUAGUUGAGAGAGAAGAAGCAGUCCGUGAAAAGACUCAAUACACUAUAUUUUUAUUUGGAAUAUUUCAUUUUUAAGCUGCCUAGUCGUAAGGUGCCUGUUAAAAUACCGCGUAUUAAGCCCAGUCUGGUGGCUACAUCUGUGCCUGUUUGAAUACGAAGCGUACAUACUAACACAGUUGCAUUGUGGGUACUCGCGUGUUUUCCCCACAGUGGCUACAGAUGCGGGCGAGCAGUGUUUUUUCGGGAUAUACAAACUCUCUCUUUGACGGUUUUACGGAUUUUUAUUUCGUCGAUUUUUUUUGUCGUGAGCUAACAUCGCUGCCUGCAGUAUACAGAUAACUAUCGUAUUAAAACGGAUAUUAAUGUUUCCUCAUAUGUUACUCAUACUAACUACGCCUAUAACAUUAAGCGGUUUAUCUUUUUUUUCCCCUCACUUUGACUUCUCUUCGGUUUUAAAUCCACUGCCUUUGUGCGAAUUGGCAGGUGUUUUGCAAACAAAAAGCAACAACUGAAAACCCGUCGAAAAACUUUCGGUCGGCGGCAUCGGUUCUCGUGACGUGUACGCUAAAACCGUACGACAUCCGACACUUUAACCACCGCGGCCGCCGGGGUUUGGGUGACUAAUGUGAGAGCAGAGGUGGCGUGGGGGGCAGCUCUCGGAAGUGUUUUGGGGGGAAUCGCGUGGCAAUAAACAAACGGACCCGGGUGCGAACUGGGUCCACCGGC